AUGUUGUCAGAAGGCCUGCUGGUGUCCGCGCCGGGGAAGGUCAUCCUUCACGGAGAGCAUGCCGUGGUCCAUGGCAAGGUAGCACUGGCUGUGGCCUUGAACUUGAGAACAUUUCUCCGGCUUCAACCCCACAGCAAUGGGAAAGUGGGCCUCAACUUACCAAACAUUGGCAUCAAGAGGGCCUGGGAUGUGGCCAGGCUCCAGCACCUGGACACAAGCUUUCUGGAGCGCGGUGACAUCACUGAGAAAGUGGAGAAGCUGAAGGAGGUGGCGGGCCUCCCUGAGGACUGUACCGACCGCGAGCACCUGGCCGUGCUGGCCUUCCUGUACCUGUUCCUGUCCAUCUGCCGGAAGCAGAGCGCCCUGCCCAGCCUGGACAUCACCGUGUGGUCGGAGCUGCCCACCGGGGCUGGCUUGGGCUCCAGUGCCGCCUACUCCGUGUGCCUGGCAGCUGCCCUCCUGACCUUGUGCGAGGAGAUCCCAAACCCGCUAAAGGGCGGGGAGGCCGCCAGCAGGUGGACGGCGGAGGACCUGGAAGUCAUUAACCAGUGGGCCUUCCAGGGGGAGAGGGUGAUUCACGGGAACCCCUCCGGCGUGGACAACGCGGUCAGCACCUGGGGAGGAGCGCUCCGAUACCAACAAGGAAAGAUCUCACCCCUCCAGAGGCCGCCGGCUCUGAAGAUCCUCCUGACCAACACCAAGGUCCCUCGCAGCACCAAGGCCCUGGUGCUCGGCGUCAGGAACCGGCUGCUCAAGUUCCCAGAGAUCGUGGCCCCCCUCCUGACCUCCAUGGACGCCAUUUCCCUGGAGUGCGAGCGGGUCCUGGGAGAGAUGGCCGCGGCCCCAGCCCCGGAGCACUACCUCGUGCUGGAGGAGCUGAUUGAUAUGAACCAGCACCACCUGAAUGCCCUCGGUGUGGGCCACGCCUCCCUGGACCAGCUCUGCCAGGUGACCAUGGCCCGCGGGCUGCACAGCAAGCUCACUGGUGCCGGUGGCGGCGGUUGUGGCAUCACCCUCCUCAGGCCAGGUCUGGAGGGCCCAGAGGUGGAGGCCACCAAGCAGGCGCUGACCGGCUGUGGGUUUGACUGCUGGGAAACCAGCAUCGGGGCCCCCGGCAUCUCCAUCCACACGGCCGCCUCCCUGGACGCCCCCAUCCGGCAAGCCCUGGGCGGCCUCUGA